UUCUCCCAACAAGGUGACAAGUUAGGCCCAGAGGGCUUAUGUUUUGUGGCAGUGUCGUCUACUAACGAAGAGAGUACAUCGUUUUUGUCACAGGACCCACUUGGUCCUCUAGAUUUUUCGAUGGAUUCUCAAGAACUGAUAUAUCCAAAUGGUUCGCAGUUAUUUGAUGGGCAGAAAGGUAAGGGCCAACUCGAAGAGCAGAAAGAGAUAAAUAUUCCGGAACACGAAACAGAAUAUCCUGAUGGCGAAAAGGUUGUACUGCUGAACAUGGAGGAAGUUGAGCUUGGUAUAAACGCAGUCGAGCCAAUUCCGGAGCAGGCACACUCUACUACGCAUAUGGUCGAGCUAGCAACAGGCUACCCAGAUUAAAACCUUACGAAUGAACCAAACGAAAACAAUAGCCUGGAGCCCGCGGAUGAGAUUAGUGAUGAUCAGGACAGUUGGGAAUCGAAGUACGAGAAACUCUAGGACGAAAAUCGUCGGCUCAAAGAGCAAUCCAAGAAACUAAGAAAACGAGUAGAAAAGUUAGAAAUGGAAAAACUUUGUUCUGACAACCACGCUCUACGUUUGUCCAAAGAGUUAGUUGAGGUCAAAGAUUAUCAGAAAGUUCCACAGGCGAAAUUUACCAGAGUUGAUAAUUUCAAGAUUACUGUGAAAGAGCUUGAAGAGUAUAAUCAACGAGCUAAUACGGACAGCAUGUUUGUAGGAACCCUGGCGCUGCAUCUCAUCGGACCGGAGAAACUUAAAAGUAUGAGCGUUACUGGACAGGCUUCGCAUCGUUUUGCUGGGUAUAAAAAGGCAGAUGGCACUUUGCAGUAUCCGGCAACAGAAAAAAUUGAGCCGACGAUUUUUCAGUUCAUCUGCGAUAAACUAGCAGAACGAGUCGCAAUACGUGUAGGACCGGAUAAUGUGACCAAGAUUCGAACACUCGCCGACGAAAAGUUGGUUAAGCGGUAUAUAGCGCAGAAGAUAUCCAACCUCCGAAAGGUAAAUCGCAGCCUAGCACUCGCAGCUAUAUAAUCCCUGCUCGUUGAUCAUAUUUAUCUAUAUUCGAAAGAGAAAGCUUUUUAAAAUAAUGGACAUACAAGGCAACAAGAUACGCCAUAUAGUGUAUUCUCGAAUGCUCCAAAAAUAUUGGAGGACACACUAAGUGGCGUGUGUUGUUGUCUCGUCUGUGUCGUGACGAAUAAAUUAAAUUUGAGAUCACAUAAAUAUGUAAAGAAAGCCUCGCUUAAUAACUAUAAACUACUGUCGAGCACAGUAUCGGAUCGCUGGGAAUUUUUUUCUGAAGUUGAUUUUAUGUCAACCAUAAGUAUCUCAAAACUAAUUGAAUAAAAAAAAAGUUUUAUGAAAAACAA